GAAAAGAGGUAGUGAGCGGGUGUUUCAGGAUGUGAGGGCCCACAGGAGCGGAGCUGGGCUCUAUCCGCGCCUGCCUGCCGCCCUGAAAGCUCUGGCCUCGGCACGCUGCCCACAGUCCCCAUGGUGGGCGCCCCCCGUGGCUGGGACCAGUGAACAGCGGAGGCAUGCCAGGGAAGCCCAAGCACCUGGGCGUCCCCAACGGACGCAUGGUUUUGGCUGUCUCAGAUGGAGAGCUGAGCAGCACAGCGGAGCCCCAGGGCCAGGGCAACGGCCGGGGCAGCUCCCUCAGCAUCCGCAGCCUCCCCAGCGGCCCCAGCAGCUCCUUCCCCACUGAGGACCAGCCCGCAGCCAGCUGGGGCCUGUCCUUCGAGCGGCUGCUGCAGGACCCGCUGGGCCAGGCCUACUUCACUGAGUUCCUGAAGAAGGAGUACAGUGCUGAGAACCUGACUUUCUGGAAGGCCUGCGAGAGCUUCCAGCAGAUCCCUGCCAGCGACGUCCAGAAGCUAGCUCAGGAAGCCCGCAGCAUCUACCAGGAGUUCCUUUCCAGCCAGGCACUGAGCCCGGUGAAUAUCGACCGGCAGGCCUGGCUCGGCGAAGAGGUGCUGGCUAAUCCGCGACCGGAUAUGUUCCGGGCGCAGCAACUUCAGAUCUUCAACUUGAUGAAAUUCGACAGCUAUGCGCGCUUCGUCAAGUCCCCGCUGUACCGCGAGUGCCUCCUGGCGGAGGCGGAGGGGCGCCCCCUCCCGGACCCCGGCUCCUCGCGCCUCGGCAGCCCCGACGCCACCAGGAAGAAGCCAAAGCUGAAGCCCGGGAAGUCGCUGCCGCUCGGUGUGGAGGAGCUGGGGCAGCUGCCGACGGCCGAGGGCCCUGGGGGCCGCCCGCUCCGCAAGUCCUUCCGCAGGGAACUGGUGGGCACCGGGGCAAACUCGGCCUUGAGACGAGAGUCCCAGGGCUCCCUCAACUCUUCUGCCAGCCUGGACCUCGGCUUCCUUGCCUUCACCAGCAACAAAUCUGAGAGCCAUCGGAAGAGCCUUGGGAGCUCGGAAGGUGAGAGCGAAAGCCGUCAAGGGAAGUACUGUUGCGUGUACCUGCCCGACGGCACAGCCUCCUUGGCCCUGGCCCGGCCCGGCCUCACCAUUCGUGCCAUGCUGUCCGGCAUUUGUGAGAAACGAGGCCUUUCUCUACCCGACAUCAAGGUCUACCUGGUGGGCAACGAGCAGAAGGCCCUGGUCCUGGAUCAGGACUGCACCGUGCUGGCGGACCAGGAAGUGAGGCUGGAGAGCAGGACCACCUUCCACCUCGAGUUGGCGGCGCUACAGCGCGUGGUGCUGAUCUCGGCCAAGCCCACCAAGCGGCUGCAGGAGGCGCUGCAGCCCACCCUGGCGAAGCACGGCCUGAGCCCGCAACAGGUGGAGCUGCGCUUGACUGCUGACCUGUCCCCGCAGCCAGGUGAGAAACAGCCGCUGGAUCUGGGGAAGCUAGUGAGCUCCGUGGCGGCCCGGAGACUGGUUUUGGACACGCUCCCAGGUGUGACGAUUUCCGAAGCUGGCGAUGCACCCUCCUGCCACAACCAGCACACCCCACCUAGAACCCAGGACAGGGCAGCCCAUUCUCCACUGCCACUCAGUUCCGCAGCGGGGGAGCCCAGCAGUGUCACUGGGAGGCGGCAGACCUGCGACAUCGAAGGCCUAGUGGAGCUGCUGAACCGGGUACAAAGCAGCGGGGCCCAUGACCAAAGGGGCCUUCUGCGCAAAGAGGACCUGGUGCUUCCAGAAUUUCUGCAGCUGCCUGCCCAAGGGCCUAGUUCCCAGGAGGCCCCACCACAGACUGAAUCAUCAGCCCCGCCCAAAGGGGACCCCUCAGACUGUGCCACCCACUCAGCCCUCUGACAGCUGUCCAACAGUCUGGGCUGGCUGCAUGGCCCCUGGCAGGCCGAGCAUGCCAUGGCCCUGCCCUGCAUGCCCUGUCCGUGCCGUGAGUGUCCCUGGCCCCUUCCUGCCACGGGCUGGCUCGAAGGAAGAGCCACAAGGCGGUGGAGAGGGGCUCAAAGUGGCCACACCCCCCAGCUGCCACCACUUGGUCCCUCAGAGGCUCACCCACCCACCCCUUGAAGCAGGCCAUUGGGGGUAGGUGCGGCUCCCCUCCUCCCUUCGCACACCCCCAUGCAGGCUUGCCCAACACAGAGGGGUGGUGUUGGCAGUGCCAGCCUCCCCACCCUGUGCCGAGCCUCAUCAGGGAGCAGGAGGAGGGGCGGGCCCCUCCUCAGGGAGUUGGUGUAAGCAAGGCCUGGGGGUGCAGCUAGGCAGCCCCUCCCUCUACCCACUGGACUCUACUGGACAGAUGGAUUUUCCAGUUGGCUUAGGGCAGCUGGGUUUGUCCUGAAUGUAUAAUAUUGUUAUUAUAAUUAUUAUUAUUGUUCUGUCA